AGUAGACUAGUCCUAUAUAAUCCGACUUGUCUACUGGUUCGGUCCUACUACAUUCUUAUCAUUCCGAGGCAGACGUUGCAAAGUUACUUCUCUGUUAGCGGCGGCUAAAUCCCUUUAGAACAGAAAAAUGACUACUCUUUCGAGAGAAGAAAUUGAAGAUGUCCGUGACGUAUUCGACCUGUUCGAUUUCUGGGACGGUCGGGACGGCAUGAUUGACUCCCACAAAGUCGGCGAUCUUCUCAGGUGCAUCGGACUCAACCCAACGCUCGACAUCUGUUACAAAAAUGGCAUGGCAAAAAAGAUGGGUGAAGGUCAGUACAAAUUUGAAGAAUUCCUUCCUAUCUACCAGGCUGUCAGUGACGAUAAGGACAAGGGGACUCACGCCGACUUCGUAGAGGCUUUUAAAACCUUUGACAGAGAAGGGCAGGGUUACAUUUCAUCAGCAGAACUCCGCCACGUCCUUACGGCGCUCGGUGAGAAACUUAAAGAUGAGGAAGUGGACGAAAUUCUCAAAUAUGUUGACUUGAGGGAAGAUUUAGAGGGUAACGUCAAAUACGAGGAAUUUAUCAAACGGGUGAUGGCUGGGCCGUUCCCUGACAAAUAAACCAGCGUGACCAUGGUGACGCACUUCAUCACAAAAACUCCUCACAGACGAUGUACAGAUUCCCAUCCCACCGUCUUUCCCCGACAACUCAAGCCGAACUAGGAGACGUGAUAAGGUCUUACAAGAUGCUACCAGGAGGAUUCAAGCGUUUCUCUUUAGAAGUAACUCAUAGAACUUUGCCGCCUCGCCAAUAGAUGCCAUACUCUCGGAAGGACAAGAAUGAUGGUGCCUCACUCGGCCGCUAGGUAGCGCUCCGAAAAGAAAUGUAGUCUUAUUUUCUGCCAUAUUUAUUCAGAGUUGUAACACGCAUGCGCGUUUCGGCGUUACUAACUCCAACUAAUACGGAGACAACGCUUGUAAGCUUUCGCCCGGCCGUGGGAUUUUGUAAGACCUUUUCAACAUUUAGACAGAGCAACAGUUUUUAUGAUGAAAACCCCAAACUACCAGACCUUUCAAAUUCUUGACAUCUUGUAUCAUGAUGCUCGGAAAUUAAUUUAUUGAAAUCUUUAUCUAUUUUGCCGUGUGUAAAGUACUUUCGUUGUGAAUGAGAUACAGAACUGUUUAUCAACUAACAGCUUCCGGUAACGGUUGCGCAACCGUGAACAUCACAUCCGGGAAGAAAACAUUUUAACGUGAGAAUGGCCAGUUGAAGACUUGCACAAUUUUGUACAUUGAUGUUCAUGAUGGAACCCAAAGGACAUAUUGGACUCACAAAAUAAGUGGACAUCCCUUUUGCAACCUCGACGGUGUGAAUAGUGCAAUAAACGUUCCCGAAUAAAAGCCAUUUUUUCUUUUA